CCUCUCUCUCUCUCUCAGCUCUCUCUAAUCUCUCUCUCUAGAGACAGCUCGGAUGUGCAUGGAGUCCAUCGCUGUUUAUCUUUUCUAGGGUUUCCAAGGCUGUUCGGGAUGCCACACUUAUCGGAAAUGAGGCUAAAUUCAACUUCGGAAUCGUGAAAAUUUCCGGUAGGGUUUCUAUUUUGUUUGUUUGACGAAAUAAAGAGCUCCGCCGGCGAAAUUUGAAUUCGGAAAAUGCCGUCGAACAGCCGAUCGAAAUCGGAGAAGCCUGAAGCGGCGGCGAAGCAGCUCCGGCGAGACCCCUAUGAGGUCCUCGGCGUCUCCAGGAACUCCACCGACCAGGAAAUCAAGACCGCUUACCGGAAAAUGGCCCUCAAGUACCAUCCUGACAAGAAUGCAAAUGACCCUCAAGCAGCUGAUGUUUUUAAGGAAGUCACAUUUUCUUAUAACAUCUUGUCUGAUCCAGACAAACGGCGGCAAUAUGAUGCAUCUGGCUUUGAGGCUGUUGAAUCAGAAAGCCAAGAAUUGGAAUUGGAUCUUUCAAGCUUGGGGGCAGUAAAUACCAUGUUUGCUGCUCUUUUUAGUAAACUCGGGGUGCCAAUUAAAACUACUGUCUCAGCGACUGUCCUGGAGGAGGCACUAAAUGGCAUGGUCACUGUUCGUCCACUUAUAUUGGGGCAGCCUGUCACGAAAAAGGUUGAGAAGCAAUGUUGUCACUUUUAUUCUGUCGAAAUAUCUGAAAGCGAAGCACGAGCUGGUUUGGUUUGCCAAGUGCAGUCAUCUGACAGAAGCAAGUUCAAGCUGUUAUAUUUUGAUCGGGAAGACAAUGGUGGAUUGGGCCUUUGCCUACAGGAGGACAGUGCAAAAACAGGAAAGGUUACAUCUGCUGGGAUGUAUUUUCUUGGUUUUCCCGUAUAUCGGUUGGAUCAUACAUUGAACUCGAUGGCCGCUGCAAAGGAUCCCGAUUCAGCCUUCUUCAAAAAGCUGGAUGGAUUUCAGCCAUGUGAAUUGAAUGAGUUGAAAGCUGGAACCCAUGUGUUCGCUGUUUAUGGUGACAACUUUUUUAAAAGUGCAACCUACACAAUAGAAGUUCUUUCUUGUGAACCCUUUCCAGAAGAGAAGGAGAAUUUAAGGACUGUGGAAGCUCACAUACUUACAAAACGAGUAGAGUUGUCAAAAUUUGAGACAGAGUACAGAGAGGUUUUGGCACAAUUUACAGAGAUGACCAGUAGAUAUACACAAGAAAUGCAUGAGAUUGAUGAGCUUCUCAAGCAGAGGAAUGAAAUACAUGCACUGUAUACAACUGCUCCUCCAAUAAAGCGCAGUUCAAGUAGGAGUAGAAAUAGGGGUCAUUCGAAGGAGGAAAAAGAAGGUGCUCCAGUUAGAGAGAAGAAAUCUACACUCAGAGAUCGAACUAAGAAAAAGAAAUGGUUCAACAUUCACUUGAAGGUCGACAAAAGAAAACCUUGCUGACACAAGAAGUCCCGUCAGGCAGUAAAGUACGCAAAUUUUGGUUGUGCUGGUCUGGUAUCCAUUGAAGCAAAGUACAAGUCUGAGCUUUUGGUAAACCAGGGUGUCGAACAAUGAUUUGGCUUCAUUAUUGUGGCAUUGCAAAGUUUACAACAGCUCAUUGUUAUGUAAAAUUCUUUAUUUAUCUGUAUGCCCCAUGUCAUUCUUUUUUGAUCAAAUAUGCUCCAUUUAUAUCCCACUUGUUCCGUUACCUCCACGCAUUUGUACUGAUCUGUAUAUGUAAAUUAGAACGAUUUAUCUGAAAAACCAUGAAGGUUUUCUUAUCUACUCGGUUACAUUUUUUGCAUGAA